GGACCGUUCCCCUCUCUCUCUCUCUCUCGCUCUCUCAUCCUCCUCUGUGUUUAUUUAUAUUCGGACGCCCCAAUUGAAAAGUUCCUCUAUCCAUUAUUGCAUCCAUUUAUUAUUGACUCCUAAUCAGGAUUAACCUUGCCGUGUUGAAACUCUCAUUAUUCAAAUCCCAAUAUAUCUAUAUCUAUAUCUAUAUCUAUAUAGUCGUUAUUAUUGUUUGUGCAAUUCAAAGGCUGUUUUUGUGAUUUGUUGUGAGAGAAUCGAGAUCAAGAUCGUUGAGAAUGGCGAGUGUUGCUGGGAUGAUUGGCCGAGGUUGUGGAUCUUCUUCGUGGAUCCAAUUGAAGAAUUCGAAGAAGAAGAAAGCGAUGAGGAAAAAUGACAGGGUUAGGGUUUGUACUGCUUCGUAUCCUGCUUCUUCUGCUGUCACCGAUCCCUACAAGACAUUGAGGAUUCAACCAGGUGCUUCUGAAUCUGAGGUCAAGAAAGCUUUCAGACAACUUGCUCUCCAGUAUCAUCCGGAUGUUUGCAGAGGAAACAAUUGUGGGGUUCAGUUUCACCACAUUAAUGAAGCUUAUGAUAUUGUGAUGAGUAAUUUGAGAGGAGAAUCAACUCUGCCAGAGAUGGAGAUGUAUGAGUCGUACGAUGCAGAUGAACCCAUGAGGGGGAUGAACGAUCCUGAUUGGGACAUGUGGGAGGAAUGGAUGGGAUGGGAAGGAGCUGGAAUUCGGGACUAUUCUUCUCAUAUUAAUCCUUAUAUUUAAAAAAAAAAAAAAAUCAUAACCAUUUUGUUUGUGUUUAGACCCUCCAAUUAUAUCAAUCAAGAUGGUUGAUCAUAAUGUUGUAUAGUUUAUUGAAGUGGGGGUUAAUUAAAAUGGUUAUUCCAAUGUACAUAUUUAAGUUCCUCUUGUUACUUGGUAUAUAAGUAUAUAAUAAAAUGUUUCGAUAUUAUGAGAUAAAGCAA